AUGAAACUAAUGCAAAUCCUUUAUGAAACUGUAAAUAUGACUAUUACCGUAAAAACAAAAGAUAAUGUUACUUACAAAGGUACGGUUGUCGAAAUUGAUGAUUAUAUGAAUGUGGUACUGAAAAAUGUAGACUUGUUUGAUACAGAAAUAACAUUUAAAAAAGAUGCUGCCAUCCGAGGGUCAAAUGUUAAAUAUUUUAUAUUACCACCUGUACUUAAAUAUCUCAGAGAUUUAUAA